CUAAUCCGCGCCCUUCACAAUUUGCGCCACCAGCAACGCCCCACCACCAGCUCACAAUUCCAGCCUGAUCGUCUCUACGCCUAGUACUGUACGACCCUAGAGCCGAAUCUGAUAAUAUCGAGGUGCUCUACAGUACUGUCCGCCUGCCAUAGCACGCCCAACAUCCGUCGCUCGCGCUCAGUCAUCGUCAACACCCGCCGGCAACGACACUGUUUGCCGCACAGUACUGGAAGUGAGGCAUUGUCGCCGUUGUCGCCAUUCCGCUCCCCUCCUUGAAAGGAGUCCUUCCAUGGCCGCCUCCCGCCUCUCUCUUCGCGCCCACCGCUCCUGCUCUCUCGCCCGCGUGCUUAUAUCGAGACACGGUUUAUGGACAACCCACGGGCCCCUCGCUCUAGGCACACCCGCGCUAAGCAAUCCCGUCGUAAGCACACCUGCUAGUAGCGUCAGCGGCGCAAGCGGCGGGAGCCCCUCGCGCAGCUACUCCUCUGGCGAUGCCGGCGGCUCAGCUGGUGACGUGGCAGGAUCUGACGUGUCACCGGGGGAACUGGCGGGGCGGAAGGCGGCGGAGGGGCUGCAGGUGCUGGGGGUGGUGGGCGCGGGGCAGAUGGGCAGCGGCAUCGCGCAGCUGGGAGCCAUGGCGGGAAUGCGCGUGGUACUGGCGGACGUGAGUCUGGCGGCGCUGGAUCGAGGCAUGGGCGGCAUUAAGGAGUCCCUGGGGCGGCUGGUGAUGAAGGGGCGCAUGGACGAGGCAGCAGCAGCCCUGACACUGUCUCGCAUCCACUCGAGCGUGGAGCUCACCCCCAUGGAGCACGCUGAUGUGGUCGUGGAGGCGGUGGCGGAGAGUGAGUCAGUGAAGCGCAACGUGAUUGCCCGGCUGGACGGCAUUGCGCCGCACCAUGCAGUGCUGGCCAGCAACACAUCGUCCAUCUCCAUCACUCGGCUGGCUGCUGCCACGAGCCGACCAGAUAAGGUGAUCGGCAUGCACUUCAUGAACCCGCCAGUCAUCAUGUCGCUGGUGGAGGUGGUCAGGGGACUCGCCACAUCCGAGCACACCCUGCACCUCACUAAAGGCCUCGCGCACAGGUUCGGCAAGCAGGUGUGUGAGGCGCGGGACUACCCUGGGUUCAUAGUGAAUCGGCUGCUCAUGCCCAUGAUCAACGAGGCUUUCUACACUCUGCUGGAGGGGGUGGGCACGGCAGAGGACAUCGACAGAGGCAUGAGACUGGGGACCAACCAGCCCAUGGGUCCUCUCCACUUGGCGGACUUCAUCGGCCUCGACACCUGUGUGGCCAUCAUGCGAGUGCUGCAUGCUGGUCUGGGGGACGCCAAGUACCGCCCGUGCCCGCUGCUCGUGCAGUAUGUGGACGCAGGGUGGCUGGGCCGCAAGACAGGGAGGGGGGUGUAUGAGUACCCGGGCCAUGGUGUGCGGAGUGAUGAUUCAUCACAAGGGAAGGAGGGCGAGGUGGAGGGAGGAGCCGAGAAGCCGGUGCAAGGCAGGCAGCACCAUGGCAAAAGGGCUGGCCACUAGGAAUCAAUGGUGGAUCGGUUCGGCGGUGUAUAUGGUUCCACUAUGACACCUGUGCCCCUUGUGUCAUGAAGUCACCUGUCCUAACCAUUGGGACAAGAAGGGAUGUCCUCAGGAGAGUUAAGCUCCAUAUAUCCACCUUCCCCAGGGAAAGCCUCCCUAGUACCCUCCCUAGAGAGAGAUGAGGUUCGACAGAGCUAUUCCAGUGCCACGACACCUUGAUGUGAUCAGUGUUCAGUGUUCACUUGUGUUUCUUCUUGAAUGCUUGAGGUC